ACCCUGCUCUCCAUCCGAUCUUCCGAGAGACCUUCUCCACCAUCGGAUCAUCUGACAUUGGGACUCCAAGAGUGAGAUCCAAGCCAGGCACCCACCAUGAAGGCCAUCUUCCUUGCCCUUGUGGGGCUCCUCUUCGUCGUAGCCUCUGAAGGCACCAAGCGGCACUGCAACCAACGCUGUUACGGAGAAUGCCGCAAGAGCUGCCCGUACGGCUGGAUUCCUACAUCAAACUGCGCAUGCGCACACACGUCGAACAUCUGCUGUCUUCCACCACCACCACCGCCACCACCACCGCCGCCGCCUCCACCACCGCCGCCUCCACCACCUCCGCCUCCGCCGCCUCCACCGCCACGUCCUAAAUAUCAUCCACCACCUCCCAAAUAUCACCCACCACCGCCACCACCCCCACCACCUCCUCCUCCUCCUCCUCCACCACCACCGCCACCACCACCUCCCCCUCAUCGCAAAUGGUACCAGCCGCCACCCCCUCCUCCUCCCCCACCUCCCCCACCUCCACCUCCCCCACCUCCUCGCCCACCUCCUCAUCGUAAAUGGUAUCCUCCUCCACCUCCUCCUCCUCCACCUCCUCCUCCACCUCCACCCCCACCCCCACCUCCUCCCCCACCUCCGCCCUCUAAAUAUCACUGGUGAUAACAGUAGAGAGCCUGAGCGCCCGGGAAAAGAAGGAAGAGUAGCGUCGAGUUCAAAAGCCAUCUCAUCAGCAUUUGGGAAAAAAGGAAAAAGAAACCCAGUUUUGUUCGCUUCUUCUUAUAAAAUAGAAUAAAUAAAAAUGUAGACCUUG